AUGACAGCAACUGAAGAUAAAAGGACCAUGCAUGAACGAACAUUUGUGAAUCCAAAGCCACCAGAAUACUGCAAUCCAAAUAAACCUAGCCGCAUGACAAAUCAGCUGCAAUAUUUGCAGAACGUGGUGGUUAAAGCUUUGUGGAAGCACCAUUUUGCAUGGCCAUUCCAGCAGCCUGUUGAUGCUGUGAAACUAAACUUGCCUGAUUAUUAUCAAAUUACAAAGAAGCCAAUGGAUUUGGGUACAAUCAAAAAGCGUUUGGAAAACAAAUAUUAUUGUAAAGCUAUGGAGUGUAUAGAAGACUUAAAUACAAUGUUUACCAACUGUUAUGUAUAUAAUCGGCCAGGUGAUGAUAUAGUUCUAAUGGCACAAGCACUGGAGAAGCUCUUUUUACAGAAGGUGGCAAAAAUGCCUCAAGAGGAAAUAGAACUUCCAGUGGCUAAUAAGAGAGGAACACAUGGAAAAGGGAAAGGAUCAGUGUCCUCAACCAUGCAAUCAAAAUUAUGUCCACCUGCUUCUGAAGUUGCAAUUCAGAAACCAGUGAUAUCAACCCAAACAAAAACAACUUUGUUGCCAGAUACUCUAGUUCCUCCUCUAAUUUCAGCAAAUCAACCUGUUACAAAAGUAAAGAAAGGUGUAAAAAGGAAGGCAGACACUACUACACCCACCACUUCAAUUUCCAAUAUAAGUAGUGAAUCCUUGUCAAGAAAGCCUACAAAAAUCUGUUCCCAAAAGGUAACCAGUCAGUCCAUCAAGUCACCAACAAAGUAUCUACCAGAUUCUCAACAGCAUCAAGCUGGAAAGAGAGAAAAAAUAAUGGAACAUUUACAAGAUUGUCAUAACAUUCUCAAAGAAAUGUUUGCAAAGAAGCAUGCUGCAUAUGCCUGGCCUUUCUACAAGCCUGUGGAUGCUGAGGCAUUGGGACUUCAUGAUUACCAUGAUAUUAUUAAACACCCCAUGGACCUUAGUGCUGUGAAAAGAAAAUUGGGCAAUCAAGAAUACAAAGAUCAAGAAGAAUUUGCAGCAGAUGUGAGAUUAAUGUUUUCAAACUGUUACAAGUAUAACCCACCAGACCAUGAAGUAGUAGCUAUGGGCCGAAAACUUCAGGAUGUUUUUGAGAUGCUUUUUGCAAAAAUAUGUGAGGAUCCUGUAAAAAGUGCAGUUUUGGUGCAAUCUACAACUCAUAUCACUGAAUCAUCAAGUGAAAACAGUGGUGAGAGCUCCUCUGCUGAAAGUAGCUCUGAAAGCUCAGGAAAAGAGCAGAAGAAACGUCUUGCUCAGCUUGAGGAUCAGUUGAAAGCAGUACAUGAGCAGCUUGCGGCAUUAACACGGAUUCCACUCUCUAAGCUGAAGAAAAGAAACAGAACUAGAAAGGAAAAGAAGAAGAAAGAUAAAAAGAAAUCAAAGAAUUUUGAACAGAAGAAAAUGCAAUCCAAGCAAUCGCUGAAAAAGAAAUCCAAAAAAGGUUCUUUGGAAAUCAGGCACUCAAAGAAAAAGAAGCAGAAAGCUCCUGUUUUGUGUGAUUCAGAAGAAGAGGAUAAUGCUAAGCCAAUGACUUAUGAUGAAAAGAGGCAAUUGAGUCUUGACAUAAAUAAGCUUCCGGGUGACAAACUGGGUCGUGUCGUCCACAUAAUACAGUCAAAGGAGCCAUCCUUGAGAGACUCUAAUCCAGAUGAGAUAGAAAUUGACUUUGAAACUUUAAAACCUUCGACACUUAAAGAACUGGAAAGAUAUGUCAUGGCAUGCCUAAGAAAGAAACAAAAAAAACUUGGAAGAUCUAAGGAAGAAAUUCAAUUGGAGAAAAAACAAGAGCUGGAAAAAAGAUUACAGGAUGUGAGUGGACAUCUGAAUUCUGGAAAGAAACAAGCAAAAACAUCUCAGAAGAAUGAUCCUGCAGAAGGAAUGAGUGGAUUUUCCAGAUUAAGCGAGAGCAGCAGUUCCUCAGACUCUGAAAGUGACAGCAGCAGUAGUGACUCUAGUUCCUCACUUAGCAGUGAUUCUGAACCAGGUUAGAUGUCAACCUCCAUAUGUAAAUGAAUGCAGCCAGAUGUUUAAUCUCUCCAAUACCACUGUCUCCCACCUCU